UACCACUGUAUAUAGGUUUGUACGGGUUUUUUUCUCUCCAGUAAAGCAUGUUUCGGACUGCAGCCUCAGUUUAAUAUCCAGCUCAUGAUUUGGUUAUGCCAAGUGUUUUAUUUCCCUAAUCGGAGGCGGCCCACCAGCUGGAGAGAGUGAAGCCCGCUUGGCCCAGGUGGGAGCGCUCAGCUCCAAAGGAAGCAAUGAAGCCGAGGCUCGCCGCCGCAGCUGAGGCAAACCGUGCCGGGGGAAGGGGGUAAUAAAUGAGGCGGCGCUCGCUCGGGCUGAGCGGCUCCUUCGCUCGCCCACCACCUCUCCUCACAAGCGGAGUUUCAUUUAGGCGGGAAAAACUCGGCCGAGACAGUGAACAACCGCCCCUCCUCUGUUUUGCAAUUAAAGGCUAAGGAAAAUAAUACAGUCAAAAUGGAAAAUGGAAAAGAUCAGAAAAUACCAUGUGAGAUGAAAACUGAUCUGAAUUUACUACUUGAAUGUCUAAAAUAUCAAAUGGAACAUCCUACUACUCAGAAAGAGGCAUUGGUUACUAUUUAUUCGGCCUGUCAACAAAACAGUGAUGCAAGUGAUUAUUUUCGAGAAAUAGGUGGUUUGAUGUUUGUAUAUAACCUUGCAAAGUCAAGUGUGCACAGCAUGGUAAAGGAAGCUGCCUUCUUUACAUUAGGAGGUUUAGCUGAGAAUAAUGUAUUCUGCCAACAGACGUUAUGCACUUCUGGAUCAUUUGAAGACCUUUACAGGCACCUAACUAAUAACGAUUCCAGUGUGAAUUUGAAAAGAAUGUCUGUUUAUUUCUUAAUAGCACUGGUUUCAAAUAACAGGCGUGGGCAGAUGUGUGCGAGAGAGUCUGGUUGCCUUAAUGCUCUGCUUCAGUUAUUCAGAACAAGUCUUUCAGUAUGUGAUGUGAAACUUUUGGAUCAAAAAAUUAACGAAUAUCAUCUGUGGUCUUCAACUUGCAGUGCUCUCUGUGCAAGUGUAAAUAAUCCCCAGAAUGAGGAGAAUCAGAAAUUUUGCAGUUUGGUUUUUCCUCAUGCAAAAGACUGGCUGCAAAGUAGUAUAAAGCCUGAGAUAGUUCGCCCAGUAUGUUCAUUCAUUGGGCUCACAGUUGCAAAUAACUCAAGAAUGCAGCAAUUUUUUGUUUCUGUUGGUGGAUUAGCUGUUUUGGAUGAGCUUCUUGUGAAAUUGAGACACAAUUCACUUGCAAGCACGAAACUUGCCGUAGUGGUGACAAAAACGAUUGAUGCCUGUAUUGCCGAUAACUCUGCUGUUGGAAUUAACCUGCCAAGGUAUAAUAUUGUGCCAAAUCUCCUAACACUGCUUUCUUACAAACAUCUGGAUCCGGGAGAAAAAAAUAGUAUUAUACUUACCCUUGGACAUUGUACAGAUGGCUGCGAGGAAAAUCAAUUUGCUCUGGUCAAGAACAAUGGCCUUCCACUUAUGAUUCAGGCACUAACUGAAUCGCAGGAUGAAGAACUAAAUAAGGCUGCCACCUUUGUGCUGCAAAAUUGCAAACAGAUCACUGAGAAGUUGUCACUGAAGUUAGGAAAACAUUCAUUAAAACUAGAUGAUGCAGAACAGUUGAAGGUUGAUUGGCAGAACAGAGAGAUGAUCCUUGAAGACUACUGGGACAAAGCCAAAGAAAUUUUACGUAGAAUCGAAGGACUUGAAAAUGACCAACAACAGAAAAAAGUGAGAAGACAAAUAUUAAUUGAUGAUAUUCCCAAAGAAGUGAUCCUGCAGACUACCCCUAUGCAUCUUAAAGAAAAUGAAAGCAAGCCAAAUUCAAGUGACAUAACACAUACAGAAGUGAACCAACAAUUACUAGAUUCUAUGUCUGCUAAACCGAUUGCUACUAAAUUUGCAAAAGACUAUUCAAAGAAUGAAUUUCUAAAGCCUGUCAAUAGGAAUCCAACUGAUGCAUCAGUCAGUCGAAAUGAACUUAAUCUUCAUGCAGCUGAUAAAAUGAGGACACCCAACAUGACCCACCAACAUAAACAUAUUACAGAUAAAAACACUGUUGGUGAAUCUAGCAAGUCUGAAGUACAACUAAGUGAAUUAUUGUGUAAACAGACAGAUAUUGCAGGUAAAAGAAGAACUCAGCUGGUACAAAAUACAGAUCCAUUAUGUUCAAGAAUAACGAGCAGGAGGAUAAACUGUAAUCUGUCUGCUUCUAAAAUAGCGGAGUUUCAGUGCACAGGUUGCAUAACAGUAGGGAUUCCCUUAAACAGCCGAAAUUUUAGCAAGAUUUUGCGGUCUUGUCAAUAUCUAUGUGAACAACACAAAGUUACUCUAGAAACUGAACUGAAAUAUAAAAAGAAGAUAAAAAGAUCUAUUAUCUCUAGCAAGAAUACUUCUACAGACUGUUAUGCAGAUCUUCAAACAAAACAGGAUGCAUAUUCAAAGAAACAAAUAAUCCAACAGAAACACAGGCUUAGAGACCAGGAUCUGAAUGAAGAUCAUACUUUCUCAUUUAAAGAUGGGGAAACCAGUAUUCAUCUGCCAGAUAUACCUGCAGCAGCUGUUGAAAAAAGCAAACGGAGAACUAGGAAAAAUUUCACAUCAGAAGAAAUAAGAUUUCUUUUGGAUGGUGUAAAGAAAAUGGGCCAUCAUUGGAAUUUAAUUUUAUGGACUUAUCCGUUUCAGAAGGGAAGGACAAAUGUUGACCUUGCUAAGAAAUACUGCCACUUACAGGUAAUAUUUCAGAUUAAUUUUGUGCUAGUAUUUUACACCUUUGGGAUAGGAUGAGAGGAAAGGAAAGAACCAUUGGGCUGGCUUUGAAAAUUAUUUCUCUUCAGUGGAUGGUGGUUAUCCAUUAUUGUUGGAGGCAGGACUACGCAAAUAAUGACACUUGCCCCUACAAUGGGAGUGGCUUUCACUGAGUAAAAACCAGAACUUGAAUCCAAGUAGCCAUUUACUUCUGUAAGUGUAAACUAUGAAAGUAAGGUUAUAUUAAACCCAAAUAUCAUCGCUGGGACUCAAUAGUAUUUUGCAAUAAUAUUAAUUGAUUGUACUUCAAUCAAUUUUAUUGUUUAUAAGCAAUGAAGAAGAGGAGUUUGGAUUUGAUAUCCUGCUUUAUUACUACCCUAAGGAGUCUCAAAGUGGC